AUGGAUCAUCGAUUUCGAAUUGUUGGUGAUGUUUCUAUGAAAACAAAGAGUAUUAUGAAAGCACGUAAAGUUGAAAUAAAUUAUGGAAAGAAAAAUUCGGAAGAAUUAGGUAUUAUUCAGAUACGUGAACCAUUAACAACUGAAUUACCAUAUUUUCUUGUUCAUGUUACGAAAUGUGAUCCAGAUGCUACCAUAGCCAUUGGUAUUGCUUCACCAGAUAUUGAUAAUCAUGCAGGUUUAUACAAUAACUCUAUUGGAUAUCACAGUAUAACAGGCCGUGUUUAUUCUUCUUACAAAGUGCAUGCAAAUACAUUAGGCGUACCAUAUGGCAAAGAUGACACCAUUAGUUUAUAUGUGACAUAUUUUGGAAAUUACUUAUCUACUACACUAUUUUAUUUGAACAAGACACCAGUCGCCACAAGAUAUCAUUUUGAAUCGAAAAAAGAACGUUAUUUACCAACAAUAACAUUUUCCGGUGGUCGAAUUGAUGUUGCUGUUUUGUGGCAACAAGCAGUCGAUCAAUUACCGUCAGUUUCUGAUAUUCCAAUAUCUCAGUGGAUCAGGGCCCCAAUGAGUACAUAUAAUUCACAAACAACAUAUUUUGAAAAUCCAUCAAAAUUAGAAGAUUUACCAGUGCAAAGUCCCAUACCUUUAGGAAAAUCAUUUCGCUAUUUUGUCGUUACUCAACAAGACGUAUUGAGUUCAGGAAAAGGAGCAAGUGUUGGUUUAGCAACUUGUUCACCUUUAAAACCUACACCCACGUGUUCCUUACUCAAAGAUUAUUAUACCUGGUAUCCCAAACUAAAAAUGAAAGUGGGUAAUACAAUUGGUUGGGGUGUCUUUUAUGAUGAAGAAUGUCAAGAUGAUAAAGCUGAACAAUUAUGUUUGGUUUAUGUUAUGUUUAAUUCCGUUAUUGUCGAUGCAUUGUUUGUUCUGCAGCCGGAUGGUGGAUUUAUGCCUGUUGUUCUCUUACAACCAUAUGCCACGAAAGUUUCUAUUGAAAAAAUGAAUACACAAACGAAAGAAGAUUUGACAAGACUUCAAACACUUUAUAAACAAAUGUUAGGACCUGCAGUAGAAGUGUAUGAAAAAGAUGUACGUGAACGCGAAUUAGUUCGAGACUAUUUUCGUCAAAGCGAACAUGUAUCAAUAAUAGUGAAUAGUCAAACAUGUGUUAUAUCCAUACCAAAAAACGAGAGUGGAACUCAUUAUGUGCAAUUUUUGAAACCCUUGACAUAUGAUAGAAGAUUCUUUUUUGUUGAAUUAGAGCAAAUAAGUGAACAAUCACAAAUUAUUAUUGGUGUUGCAUCAUCGAAAAACUCCCUGAGUAAAUUACCCGGUCUAGUUACGGAUACAGUUGGUUAUCAUUCAUCAGAAGGAAAAUUAUACUAUAAUAACAAAGAUGUUGGUAAUAUGAAAGGGCAUGUUUGUAAGAGAGGAGACACAAUGGGAAUUGAGAUUGAAGUGUUUGAUAAAGAUAUGUCAGUAGCUUUGUUUUCAAAAAAUUUUCGUCCUGUUGGCACACGUUUUCUUACGUUGCAAGAUCAUUCAGAAUUUAUGCCAACAAUUAUGAUCGAAAGUUAUGGAGAACCGAUAGAACUACUCGUCUAUUGGCACACAAGAGUUUCUGUACCGCCUCAUUUUAGCGUUCGUAAUGCUGAAGAUUGGUGUAUACCAGAAGGAACAAAAGUAGAUAUUAAAGAAAAAGUUUUUCAAUUACCUCCACAUUUUGAUACAAGUUCAUGCAUUCAGGCUCCAUACAGUUUACAUCGUAAAUAUAAUCAUUUUGAAAUCGUUUUAAUUGAUAAAUUCAGUGAAAAUAAUCCACCACCAGCAAUUGCAUUGUGUACAGCUUCUCCACUAGAUCCUCCACCAAAGUCUCAAUUUAAACAAGAUUAUCUUAGGUUUUGGCCAACAGGAGAUGCAGCAAAAUAUAUCAAACAAGGUGAUAGACUUGGCUGGGGAAUAAUGUAUCCAGAUGAAACAAUCGCAAAAGAAGAAGAACAAUUGGUUAUUUGCUAUUUGACUGUUAAUCGCAAUGUUGGAUAUGUAAGGGUGUUGUUUCAACCACCUGGUGGACUAUAUCCAGUUGUUAUUGCACCACCAAAUGUAACUCGUAUUAAAAUGGACUUUUCCGGUACGAGAAUUAGUACGCAAGACUUUACAGAUGAACAAGUAAAAAGUAUAAUAAGUGAUGCCCGAAGACAAAUUGAAGAAGAACAUAAACAUCAAGCACACAAUUUUCGUUCAGUUCGUCGAGCAAGAAAAACAUGUUCGCCUGCUAAUUUAGAUAAAGACGAAGUCACCGAUGAAACCACAUCAUCAUUUGUAACAUUGAUCAAUGAUAUGACCACUGAUAUCCACUCCAAAAACCAACAAUUCAAUGACUCAUUGCGUCCAGAAAAUUUAACCGUUACAGAUAUAACGAUGAAAAAAAAAACAAUAGAUUUAUUUCAUCAAAUGACAGAUUUAUUAUUAUUUCCAUCAUCACGAAAUAGUCCAAAUAAAGCUGUUGCCUAUGAUUUAAAAGAGAAGAAAAUGGUCGAGUUUUACGCUGAUAAUCAAGAAAAUGUGAUUGAUAAACUUUGGUCUUAUAUUGGUCGGCAUGUUAGCGCUGAAACAAUAACACAAAUAAUGGAAGCAUCGACUAAAAAGGAGGGGACGGUAACAAAGAAAUCACGACGAACAAAAGACGAAGGGCGACAAAGUUCAACAAAAGCAAUAACAACAAGUUCUAAUCAAACAAAAGCGAGACAAACAAAAAAACGAACAACUCGAGAAAGCCGUAUAUGA